AUCCAACACAUGCAGCUUCUGUUUGUCCAUGAGUCUGAAUUUUUGCCUCUAUUAAUACAAGUUGUUUGAGGUGAGGUUGUUUUAGUAUAAUGUCUAGAAACACCAUGAGUCCUCGUCUCACGCUGGGUGCUCUGAUCUUGCUGGCAUGUUGUAUGUCUACAGGAGCAGUGACUACAGACAUCUGUGAAGGUCAGCAGGCCACCUUGAACUGUGGGAGUUCUGUGAUCAACGUGGUCAGUGCUAACUAUGGACGCACCGACCGUGUGACCUGCAUCUCUGGUCGUCCACGACAUCAGAUUCGCAACACCAACUGCCUCAACCCCGCAACCUUCCCGUUGGUGACUAGCAUGUGCAAUGGGCAUACAAGCUGUUCUCUGGAUGCCUCCAACUCUGUGUUCUCUGAUCCCUGUUAUGGAACCUACAAAUACCUGCAUGUGAUCUACAACUGCAUUCCCCCAAAGACGACAGUGAUCUGUGAAGGUCAGCAGGCUACCCUAAACUGUGGGAGUUCUCAUAUCAACGUUGUCAGUGCUAACUAUGGACGCACAGACAGGGUGACCUGCAUCACUGGUCGUCCACCAAGCCAGAUUAGCAACACCAACUGCCUCAACCCCACAACCUUGCUGUCGGUGGCUGGCAUGUGCAAUGGACAUACAAGCUGUUCUCUGUCUGCCUCCAACUCUGUGUUCUCGGAUCCCUGUUAUGGAACCUACAAAUACCUGUAUGUGACCUAUACCUGCACAUGACCUACACCUGCGUGAGUAUUGUUGGGUCGAAGGAGUGGAACAGCCUGGACCUGGAUGUGAACCUGGUUCAAUAUUGAAUAAAUUCCACCAUUUACAUG